GUAAUAAAAUACAUGGCAAUUUUUAUAUAUGAUUUAAUAGUUUAUUUUGUUACAUAUAAAAAAUCUAAAAGGUGUGCGUUAUAGCUGACACCUACAUGAACACUUUGCAGUUGGUUGUAUGACUGUAAGUCAUUCCCUUCAAAUGCUAUUGAAGUUAGAAACAUGUUUAACAAUGUCGUAUGUAACUUUAGAGACGGUCCCUUAAUUUCCGCAUAUCUGCGAAUAUCGAACGUCCAAUGUCAAACCAACUUUAUACCAGUUUAAUACUGAUUGUUUCAGCGGCCGUGCAGUGGGUACUGUCACAAUUAUAUGCGCUAUGUCUGGACACGGGCAUGGGCACGGACAUGGUCACGGGUGUUGUGAAGAUGAUCAUGAACCCGCCGAGCGGGGUGUGGAGUAUGGACUGUACAGACGCAUCGACAUAGAGAAGCUGCAGUGUCUCAAUGAGAGUCGAGAUGGAGACGGCAGACUCGUGUUCAAACCAUGGGAUCAGCGCACAGAUAAGGAGAAGUUUGUGGAGAGCGACACUGAUGAGGAGCUCCUGUUUAAUAUCCCGUUUACUGGAAGUGUAAAGCUGAAAGGGAUCAUCCUUUCCGGAGAGGAUGAUGAGUCUCACCCAGCUGAAAUGAGGCUAUACAAGAACAUACUGCAGAUGUCAUUUGAUGAUGUAAGUAGAGAGCCAGAGCAAGCAUUUCGUCUUAACAGAGAUCCAUUGGCUGAACUUGAGUAUCCAACUAAGAUUGCACGAUUUUCUAAUGUUGAACACUUGUCUAUUCAUAUUCCUCGAAACUUUGGGGCUGAUUCUACUCGUAUCUACUACAUUGGACUUCGGGGAGAAUAUACUGAGGCUCACAGACAUGAGGUGACGAUCUGUAACUAUGAGGCAGCAGCAAAUCCAGCAGAUCAUAAAUUGGAAGCUAUUACUCCGCAGACACACUUCAUUUCAUAACGAAUUAUGCGAGCUUGAGUUUUUGGUGUUGAGAGAGAAUAGAUGUGGCUGAAUUUUGAUAAUAAUGAGAGAGUAAUUCUACUCCACAUUAUGAGUAUGAGUAAUGCAUUGAGUAGAAACGUGUUGGACAUAUUUCAAGAGGAAUGGUGAUUUGAUCAUGGAGGUUUGUUCAGUUGAAACUUUUUGUGUGUCAAUAAAUAUUCAGAGAGAAAAAAACAACAACAUUUAUGUCCUCUUUGAAUUAAUGCAAAUGGUAUUUGAUACAACCUUAAAAACAAGUGCAUAUGAAAAGAAAGUUGAAAGUGGAAUUCUUGGUGGAAUUCAAUGGUCUGUUCAAUUGGUAUGAAUUUAAUUCACAAUGAUCACUAAAAGGUAUUAUAGACCAAAAUGGGUCCAUGGUUCAAUCCUGAGUUUAGACUAUAAUUAAACUCCCAGCAUGUUUUUGGGAAGGAGGAGGAAAGCCACCUAGACAUGGGGAGAAUAUCUCACGUAAUUAUGCAUGAUUGGUUAGUUAGAUGUAAAUGUGGGUGUGUGUGGUCCCUUGAAAUUGAUGGGUGUCUCCGGUCCAGGGUGUAUUCCCGCUUUGCCCUCAGUGUUUCCUGGAUCUUCUCCUGAUCCACCUCAACCCUGAACCGGAUAAAACGGUCACUGCAAAUCAAUGAACGAUUGGCUGCUGGGGGCAUGAUGGAUUAGUGGUUAGCAUGUUUGUAUUACACUAUUGGGGUCGGGGCUCGAAUCCUGCCUUUUCCCUGUAUGCACGUUCUACCUGUGCUUCUUCCUGGUUUCCUCCCCUAGUCCAAAGUCAAGGUGUGUGUGUGUGCGCGUGUGUGUUUGGCACCUUGUUCAGGGUGUCCCCUGCCCUGGGAUAAGCUCCAGGCUCCUCUGUGACCCCAUGUAGGAUAUGUGGUAUGAAUGAAUGAUGAAGAAAACUAGACAAUAACUUACCCGGACAAGAACAUUAUAGUUUAGGCUUCUACAUUUUAGUAAAUAGGUUAGAAUAGCAUAUCUACAAUUAAUUGUACUAAUUGCAGUAUGUAGCAUAUAAUUAGUUUUUAUUGGUCACAUACAUUGCAGCACAGUGAAUUUUUUUUUUUUUUAAUAAUAAUUGACACCUGUCAACUGUAAGGGACCACACACACACAUUCACAUCUAACUAACCAAUCAUGCAUAAUUAAUCCCAACAUUUUAGUAGGUUGGGGUCAGAGCACAGGGUCAGUCAUGAUACAACGCCCCUGGAGCAGAGAGGGUUAAGGGCCUUGCUCAAGGGCCCAACAGUGGCAGCUUGGCAGUGCUGGGGCUUGAACCCCCGACUUUCCAAUCAGUAAC